CAUAUGCAAGCAGGUUCAAAUCAUUCGAAUAUACAAAUUGAUUUGCAUUUUGAUCAUUUGGUCGCCUAAUUCUCAUGUUUUUGGUCUAUCAAUCGCCGUUGAAAUCCAAGAACAUUUCGUCUCAUCGGAAGUUUUGUUAUAUAUCCCCGGAUUCGGUAUUUCUUCACAAUUCCCAAUAAGUUUUUGAAACAAGCUGCAGCUGUGUCUUAUGUUGAAGAGAAUUUCUAGUUCUAAUGCAAAUGGCGAUAUGGAAGAUUUUUUUCCGGUUAGGCCAGAGUGCCAAGAACUUGUUCCGAAGACGCGCUUCAAGCCCAAGGUUGGGAAAACUUUAAGUGAAAGGAGAUGGAAUGCUGCAUUUGAUAAAGAUGGCCAUUUGGAUAUAGCUGGUGUUCUUAGGAGGAUACAAAGAGGGGGCAUUCAUCCAUCAAUUAAAGGGGUAGUAUGGGAAUUUUUGUUGGGGUGUUAUGAUCCCAACAGUACGUCUGAGGAACGAGGAGCCCUCAGGGCAAAGAGGAGGGAACAGUAUGCUUCAUGGAAAGAGGAAUGCAAAAAGAUGGCACCCAUUGUUGGUAGUGGGAAGUUUGUGAUGUCACCUAUAGUCAAUGAUGAUGGAAAACCAAUAGAAGACACUGGAAUGGAAUUUGCAGAUUCUGAUGUCGAUUCCGACAAGAAAGUGACUCAGUGGAAACAGAGCUUGCAUCAGAUAGGUUUGGAUGUGGUACGCACAGAUCGUUCUCUUGUUUAUUAUGAGAAUGAAGCUAAUCAAGCCAAGUUGUGGGAUGUUCUUGCUAUAUAUACUUGGGUAGAUGAUGAUAUUGGUUAUGUUCAAGGAAUGAAUGAUAUAUGUUCCCCAAUGGUUAUUCUUUUGGAAGAAGAAGCAGAUGCAUUUUGGUGCUUUGAGCAUGCGAUGCGUAGAGUGAGGGAAAAUUUCAGGUCUAAUGCAACUUCUAUGGGAGUGCAAUCACAACUUAGCAUACUUUCACAAGUUAUGAGAGUUGUUGACCCAAAGCUUCAUCAACACCUUGAGGGGUUGGAUGGUGGAGAAUAUUUGUUUGCAAUUCGUAUGCUAAUGGUGCUUUUCAGAAGGGAAUUUUCCUUUGUAGAUGCGUUAUAUCUAUGGGAGGUUAUGUGGGCCAUGGAGUAUAAUCCAAACAUGUUUGCUCAUUAUGCUUCAAAUGGUUCGAAUGAAGUUGUUGUAACAACAAAAUUAAGCAAGAAAAUGCUACAACAGUAUGGAAAAUAUGAGAGAAAAAACGUGAAGAAUGGACGCACAGAUCAAAAAAGUCUUCUUGCUGUUUUCUUGGUUGCAGGUGUUCUAGAAACCAAAAACAAGAAACUUUUGAAUGAGGCUAAGGGCCUAGAUGAUGUUGCUCAGAUCAUGGGUGAUAUAACGGGAAGCUUGGAUGCUAAAAAAGCUUUGUCAGAAGCACUGAAAAUUCACAAAAAGUAUCUAAACAAGGCUAGAAUUCCUGAAAGUUAAGAGUUUCAAGGCAGCUAAGAUAGGUCAAGAAUUUAAAUUUUUGUAUUUGUUGUGUGAUUAUUGAUUUUUAUAUUUGUCCAUUACAGAUAUAUGUAUUUUUUGUGCUAAGUUUUCCCAGGGUUAGCAUAAUUUAGCAGGACUGACAUCACAUGUACCCACGUGGGUCUCAUUGUGUUCGUGAGAGAAUGUGUGUAAUGUUAUGUAAUGUAAAAAGGAGAUCAUGUAUGUGUAUGGAUUGUAUAUUUGUAUCAUUAAGAUGCAGCUCAAAUGGAUGAACGUGUCCAUAACCCUCACCCCACAAUCAUAAUUAUUUUUUUCUAA